GCGGUCGAAUUCGUUCGCAGCUUUGUAUAACUUCAAAAUGUUGCGCAUCACUUCACAUCAGCCUCUCUGGCCAGCUUACAUCGCGCUUUUAUUAUUUACAUUAAUUUUAACAUCGAUGACGUUGCAACGAGUGGGUGCCAGUCCUCUCCCGGAUUUAAUAAAUAAUCUUGAGAAUUCGACAGAAAUUUCGACGGACAUCACGACCAACACCGACGUAUACGUGAUAAAAGCUGUAGUUUACGAGAUUGGAAUUCUCGCGGACGAGGAUAAUACAAUGAUCAGCGAAAGCACAGAAGGACAAGAGAAAAUCGACAUAUCAUGGUAUAAUUCACCGCAGGAAGAUGAAUUCUCCUAAUCUCAACGAAUUUUUUUUAUCAGAAUGAGUACGACAGAAUACGGGGUAUUCUGUUAUACAUCUAAACGCGUUUGUGGAUCGAGAGCAAAAAGUAAAAUGUGAAACAUAAAGACUGCGCAUACACGACGUUCUCGGGAUAGACGUGUAUAGUAAAUUAUAAAUUAUAUGUUGUAUAAAAUAUAGAACGUAAAGAAAACGCAGAGUGCGAUGUACGCAUUUAUAAAUUUCGAUAUUAAACUGGUAAUGCUGUGACACGUGUGUUUUUUUAGGAUUUAGAACAAUGUUUUAUUAGCUUUUUUUCAUUUAAUUAUGAACAAUAUCUCGUGUACAACGCUAUAAACACAUUGCUGCUGCAAAAUCUGCGAGGCAGAAGAAAGUCGUGGAACAAUCAGGUAACAUAAUUCAUAGAAUGGUCUCUCGAAGAAUGAUGGAUAUACAUAAGGUAGCUCAAUCGAAGCAUGCGCGACGCUUUGACAUUAGUUCCUGCAAUUUAACUAUUCACUUCUGGAAGAUCUUGAUGAAAGACUUUUAACGUCGCUUAAAGAUACGUAUAAAUCUUUCCUUUUUUUUUUGUUAUUCGGAAUGCAAAUAAGUGCGCAAGUUCGUCAAGAGCUCUCGAUUAAUAUGAUAUCAUGUACAAAUUUCGACUGAUUAUUACGACAAAAGGUAAUAAAAA